GUGGACUCAUAUGCGGGAAGGAACCACUCUCUCUCUCUCUCUCUCUCUCUCUCUCUCUUUCUCUCUCUCAAAUCCAUUUACAGAGCUACUACAGAUUUUUGUGAUAAAAUCAAAUUGCAAGAAACACUUUAAACAAGAAUUGGCAAAGUAGAGAAAUCUCCACGAAACUUCCCUCCAUAACCCCCAACCCCCAACCCCCCCGUCUUCUCUCGUUCACACAGCACACGUAAUGAUGUACGACGUCGUGGACUGGCCCUUAUAUUGUAACUAUUCAUGACUUCGUGUGUGUGUGUGUGAUUCUUGGACCAUUAUUUUCCCUUUUACAGCUCUGUUUGUAGUUUUUCUUCGUGGUUUUGGAGUUUCGUGCUGAAAGAAGCUGGAGACAGUGCGGGAGUAUGUGUAUGUGCGUUUUCUUCUGUAAUGGCUCUCAAGAAGUGGGCUUGAUCAGCACGGAGGAGUGGUGCUAGUGGAAGCAUAUUUUACAGGAAUUUCUCAUUUCCACUCCUGUAACUAGAAGUCUGUAAUAAUUACGCUGAUGUAAGUUGGAGUUAUGAGUCACGGCCAAGAGAAGUUUGUCAGGUUUCAAGAUUGGAGAUCGGAGAAAAGCUUCAACGAACAAUCCCCCUCAAGAGGUGGAGCAAAACUGGGCAGGCUUAGAUCAGCAGUAUACUCGGUUUCAAACAGAUUUCAGAGAGGGUUAGAAUCUGGCUCUGAAAGAAUCAAAAGUUUCACUGGAUCAAUAAGAUCCUUAUCUUUUGGGAAGUUUCUGGCAGAUGACGAGGGAUCUAGAAAGAAAAUUCUUGACCCUCAAGGAUCAUUUCUUCAGAAAUGGAAUAAGUUCCGAACCGGUUUUAUUGCCCCUUCUUCACGCGUAUUCGGAAGAGGUGUUCUAGUUGAAGAUUCUUGGGAAAUUGCAAAGAGAUAUGUAUCCUCAUACUUCAUAAUUGACAUACUUGCAGUUCUUCCGCUUCCACAGAUUGUAAUACUGAUCAUCAUACCCAAGUUGGAAGGUGCGAGAUCUUUGAACACAAAGAAUCUGUUGAAAUUCGUGGUGAUCCUUCAGUAUAUACCAAGGGUUCUCCGAGUCUAUCCAUUGUAUAAAGAAGUCACAAGAACUUCUGGCAUACUCACUGAAACAGCAUGGGCUGGAGCUGCGUUCAAUCUUUUCCUUUAUAUGCUUGCCAGUCAUGUGAUUGGAGCCGCUUACUACUUGCUCUCCAUAGAACGUGAAACUACCUGCUGGGUUAGAGCUUGUGGGGAUCGAUCUGCUUGUAGGAACACCAUAGUUUACUGUGAUGCUGAUCGUACAGGAUUCAUACAAACUUUGAACCAAUCAUGCCCCAUACAGACUCCUGACACUACCAUUUUUGACUUUGGAAUAUUUCUCAAUGCCCUUCAAUCUGGUGUUGUUGAAUCAAAAGAUUUUCCUCAGAAGUUCUUUUAUUGUUUCUGGUGGGGGUUGCAGAAUUUAAGUUCUCUCGGCCAGAACCUUAAAACAAGUACCUUUGUCUGGGAAAUUUGCUUUGCAGUUUUCAUAUCCAUAUCAGGCUUGGUGCUGUUUUCAUUUCUGAUUGGAAACAUGCAGACAUAUCUGCAAUCUACGACACUGAGAUUGGAGGAGAUGAGGGUGAAAAGACGAGAUGCGGAGCAAUGGAUGUCUCAUCGUUUGCUUCCUGAGAGUUUGAGAGAGCGCAUCAGGAGGUAUGAGCAAUACAAGUGGCAGGAAACGAGGGGUGUUGAUGAAGAGAAUCUGAUCCAUAAUCUUCCUAAGGACCUCAGACGAGAUAUUAAGCGACACCUCUGUUUGGCUUUACUUAAGAGAGUGCCCAUGUUUGAGAAAAUGGAUGAUCAACUCUUGGAUGCGAUGUCUGACCGUCUUAAACCAGUACUUUACACUGAUGAUAGCUACAUUGUUCGUGAGGGUGAUCCAGUAGAUGAGAUGCUCUUCAUUAUGCGUGGCAAACUGUUAACCGUGACCACUAACGGCGGAAGGACUGGCUUUUUCAACUCGGACUAUCUAAAAGCAGGUGACUUCUGUGGGGAAGAGCUCCUAACGUGGGCUCUCGACCCACAUUCAUCAUCUAAUCUCCCGAUCUCCACCAGAACCGUUCAAGCCCUCUCAGAAGUCGAGGCAUUUGCUUUGAUGGCCGAUGAUCUGAAGUUUGUGGCUUCCCAGUUCCGCCGUCUACACAGUAAACAGCUCCGUCACACAUUUAGGUUUUACUCACAGCAAUGGAGGACUUGGGCAGCCUGUUUCAUUCAAGCGGCGUGGCGCCGUUACUGCAGAAAGAAGCUUGAGGAGUCGCUGCGUGAAGAAGAGAACCGGUUGCAAGAUGCAUUGGCGAAAGGCAGCACCAGUUCGCCGAGCUUGGGGGCGACCAUUUACGCAUCGAGGUUUGCCGCUAAUGCCCUUCGUGCUUUGAGACGGAACAGCACCAGGAAGACGAGGAUGCCGGAGAGGAUAUCGCCAAUGUGCUUCAGAAACCGGCCGAGCCGGAUUUCACUGCUGAAGAAAAGUGAUUGUUCUAUGUGUCUAUUGUUUUUCAGAUAAUUGUAACAUAGCUUUGUUGUUUUGAAUUGUAUGGCUUGGCUUUCUGUAGGAUAUAUGUUGUAUGUACAGGUUACUGCAUUUAGGCACCUUCUGUUUGUGAUCGUCAUCAUCAUGAAAAUUUCAUGACAAAUUACAAAACAAUUUUAAUCCUAA